ACCUCUCUUGACUCGUCCGCCCGCACGCGCGCAAACACGCGGACCGGGAUUACAACCGCUGGAGUGGCGCGCGCAGUACUAGCUCGUGUUUAUGUAAUGUCAUAUGUGGCUGUGAGCGUGCGUGUGUGAGCGUGCGUGUGUGCGCGCUAGAGCUGGCGCGAGCCGGCGGAGACAGCGGUCACACGUUAAACAUCAGCGACCCGCGCGUUAUUCUGCGGAUUGAGGGCUCGUGAGAUUUCGGCGGUGCGGAUUUGACCCGUCGUAUAGGAGGGCGCUCGAGCUCCACCGUUUUCACGCACGGCACGCACGUAGACCCGGUGAAAUCGUCACGCGGAUAGGAUCUGUGGAAUCUGUCGCGAGUGUGUUCCUGCGCGGCCGGAGAGCAUCCCCGACGGAGAGCGAGGUCCGGGCGGUCGGUCGGUGGUCGGUGUGGGUCGGUAGCACCGCGCGGAGGGGAGCGAGAGCGGGACUUGAGCUGGACCCCUGGCCGAACCGGAGCAUCCCACUCCCGGCAGCAUCCAUCCCUCCGCGCCUCAGCUCCAGAGGGAGGCCCGGAGCGGCGGCAGGAUGUAGCAGCGGAUUAACGGAGGAGAGAGGGGCGCUCAGAGGAAGAGAGCGGGACCGAGCGGACCGAGGCGGGACGGAGGAGGGGACAUGGGGAAGGACCAGGAGCUGCUCCAGGCCGUCAAGACCGAGGACUUGCUGACAGCUCAGCGGCUUCUACAGAGACCUCGGCCAGGGAAAGCCAAGCUCCUCGGAGCUGCAAAGCGGGUGAACGUCAACAUCCAGGAUGCAGAUGGGUUGGCGCCGCUGCACCAUGCUGCUCUGAGUGGUAACAAGGAGCUGAUCUCUCUGCUGUUGGAGGCCCAGGCAGCAGUGGAUAUCAAAGACCAUAAAGGGAUGCGUCCUCUGCAUUAUGCUGCAUGGCAGGGGAAGACUGAGCCAAUGAAAAUGCUGCUGAAGGCAGGUUCAUCCGUCAACGGGCAGUCAGAUGAAGGACAGAUCCCUCUCCACCUAUCGUCUCAGCAUGGACACUACGACGGGUCGGAGAUGUUGCUACAGCACCAGUCCAACCCGUGUAUCUCAGACUCAGCUGGGAAAACACCACUGGACCUCGCCUGUGAAUUUGGACGGGUUGGAGUGGUUCAGCUCCUGCUCAGCAGUAACAUGUGUGCAGCCAUGCUGGAACCAAAACCCUCCGACCCCAACGGAGUGUCACCUCUGCAUCUGGCUGCCAAGAACGGACACAUCGAUGUCAUACGGUUGCUGAUUCAGGCUGGUAUAGAUAUCAACAGACAGUCGGAGUCUGGCACAGCGCUGCAUCAGGCAGCCCUCUGUGGGAAGACAGAGGUAGUACGUCUGCUGCUGGAUAGUGGCAUCAGUGCAGGAGUGAGAAACACUCUGAGUCAGACUGCCCUGGACAUCGUAAACCAGUUCACCACCACGCAGGCCAGCCGGGAGAUCAAACAACUGCUGAGAGAUGCUUCGGCUGCGAUGCAGGUGCGUGCCCUCAAGGAUUACUGCAACAACUAUGACCUGACAAGCCUCAACAUCAAAGCUGGAGACAUUAUCACGGUUUUGGAGCAGCACUCUGACGGCCGAUGGAAAGGCUGCAUUCACGACAACCGCACAGGAAAUGACCGAGUGGGCUACUUUCCAUCCAACAUGGUGGAAGUAAUCAAGAGGGCAGGUUCGAGGACUGCUGAGCCGAGUCCUCAAGGCUCUCCAACUCUAGGACAGCAGAGCAGCACCAGUGAGGAUAUCUGGGUGCUGCGCAAACCUCUGGCAGGUGGCGAGCGCAGUGGCAGUGUGGGCAGCCUCGGCAGUGCACGAUCAUCAAGCAGCCUGCAGGGCUCUGGAAACACACAUGUUCUGACCACCCCUGCACCCAGUCCACACCCGGCAAACACACCAGGAGUCAACACACACGGCCUUAACGCUCCGGGCCUGCACGCACAAGCCGAAGGAGUCAAGCUCCUGGCCACUGUGCUGUCCCAGUCGGUAAAAGCCAAGGAGCACCUCUUGGAGCAGUCGCAGUCUGUCGAGCAGUCAGCGAGCUCCUCCAGUAGCACGGUUCAUGAGCAGCGGUCGUUUGAGCGGAAGGCAGAGGAGGAUGAUGGGAAAAAGCAGGCAGUAGUGACGUGGCUGGGUGAGUUUCAGCUGCAGUUCUACACCACCCACUUCCUCACCGCGGGAUAUGAUCUAGACACCAUUAGCCGCAUGACCCCCGAGGACCUGACGGCUAUCGGGGUCAUGAAGCCUGGACAUCGAAAGAAGUUAACAUCAGAGAUCAGCAAGCUGCCCUCCACAGACUGGCUGCCUGACCACAAGCCUGCGAAUCUGGGAGACUGGCUGUCUCACCUCGGUCUGAGUCAGUACUACCAGGUUCUGGUGCAGAACGGGUAUGAAAACAUUGACUUCAUCUCGGACAUCAGCCUGGAGGAUCUGCAAGAGAUUGGCAUCACUAAGCUCGGCCAUCAGAAGAAGCUGAUGUUGGGGGUGAGGAGACUGAAGGAGAUACAGAGAGGAGAAAGCAGCUCCGAGCCUCCUCAGAGUCCCUCGACACCUCCAUCCAGUCCGGGUGGCAGCACCAGCUCCGAGCCCCGGAAGGAGGUGAGGAAGCAGAGGGACGGUGGCCCCAGCCCACUGGCUAAACCUCGCCCGGGUCUCACGCAUGCCCAGACCCCUCCCCACACACCCACACAAACCCCACCACAAACCCCACCACAUGCCCGCACCCAGCAGGCCUCCCCCAGGGCUCGGCCGCGCCCCUCCACCCAGAUGGCGGCUGUGGAUUCGUCGGUGCCGCUGCUCCGCCUGCCCAGCGAGGAGGAGGAGCGGCGGAGAACUCACAGUCUAAUUGGCUCAGAAUCAGACUCAAGAUACGCCACUGUGUGCCGCAGCAGCUCCGCACGUCCCGCCCCAAAUGAUGUCACUGUAAACCGCAGCCAAUCAUCCGUCACCCUCCGUCCACGUCGGAAAGGUCGGCCCCCCACACCACCUAAACGGUCCUGUUCUUCCAUCACCGGGGGUGACGGGGAGGGAGAGGGAGUGGGACAGGUGGAGGGGCUCUUGGGCCUGCCAACCUAUCGAGAGAGGCGAGCCAGUGACUGCGGCAGCCUGGGAUCAGCUCGAAGAUCUCAGGACUCAGCAGGCCUGGAGAGAUCAGAGGGGGCUUCUGGGAGUGUUCGCAGCCUCGCUGCCAUGCUGGAAACCUCCAUCGUGGGUGGAGCCAAAACCCUGCCAAGGAAUCUGGGAGGCAGCACCAACUACCUACAGGUGAGUCCUCCUACUCUUCGUCGCCAGGCAGGAGCAGGGGGUCUUGGAUCUGAGGAUGACGAUGUCUUAAGUCGGCGCAGGACCAUCAGCGGACCAGAGGGCCUCCCUGGUAAUCAGACUGACCUGUUACCUCGGCAACCAGCCCAGCAACGUCCAGAGCCCCGGCCCCGCUCCACCGUGGUCUCCUCAGCGACAGAGAUCACAGAUGGCAUGGCGACACUCCGAAGGAAGCCUCGUCCUCUGGCAACGGACUCUGAAGCACCUGCACCCGUGGCUACCACUGUUGUUACCAUGACAACCGGCUCCGACACCAUACGCAGGAGACCGCGCACGUCCGAGCAAACAGAAAGGGUCAUUCAAAGCAAUAACCAAUCAGACUCUCCCAGCAGUCAGAAGGGCGGAGGCGAGCCGCAGCAGAACGGCGGCGUGGUCCUGAGGCGGAGGCCGGUGUCCGAGGUCUCUGAUAGGACGGAGACCAGCAGAGAGAGCUGUGAGUGGAUGGAGGCGAGGAAGUCUCUGAAGCCUCCGGUCUCCCCUAAACCGUCCACAGUCACCAUCAGGAAGGGACAAACUGACCCCCCGACCCCGACCCGCAGGGUCCCCAUACCCGGUCCUGAUAACACUGACCCGGCACAGAGCCCUGAGCCGAAGCGUGUUCCUCCUCCUGUGUCCCCCAAACCCCGUGGGCCUCCGACAGCACCUAAACCAGGCAAAACAAUAGUAGCUACAGCUACCAUGAGCCCGACUUCUGCUGCUACCAGUCCAGCUGCAGCCAGCCCCACCCCGACCCCGACUCCAACCCAGACCCCGACCCCGGCCCCCAAGCUCUCCUCCCCGCUCUCUGCCUCUGCCCCUCUCCCAGCUCCUGACACCCCUUCUGCCCCCUCCCUCUCUCCGGGACUCCCUCUUGCUUCCCCCUCUCCGGCCCAGAGUCCCUCCACCCCUUCUCCGCACCCUGUCAAACCUCCCCGCUCCUCCAUCGCCGGUCUCUCCAUCGACCUGGUGGGAGGAAGGGAGAUGGAGGAGGAAGAGGACCGGAGGAGGGAAGAGGAGGAGAGGAGGAAAGAGAGGGAGCACAGGAGGCAAAAGGAGGAGGAGGAGGAGGCGAGGAAGAGAGAGGAGAAGGAGAAUCUGAGAGAGGUGGAGGGUCAAGUAGCGGAAGUAGAGCAGAAGGAGGAGGUGCAGCAUCGUUUGGAGGAGACCAGUGCCUCCUUGGCAGCAGCAGUGCAGGCUGUGGAGCACAAGAUCAGAGAGGAGGACACACAAAAUGACUCUCUUUCCAGCAAAAAGGCGACGGUCUCCAUCUUGGACGACAUCGGCAGCAUGUUUGACGACUUGGCAGACCAACUGGACGCAAUGCUGGACUGAUCUCCUGCCAUCGUCUCGUUUCCAACAAGCCCCCCCCCCCUUUUUCUCUCCCCUCCAUCAUGUGUAGGUGUCUCAAGAAAAACUCUCCCAAGGCUUCGAUGCUGGCGCUUCGAGAGAGUGUGUGUGCGUGUGUCUGAGCAUGUGCGCGAGCGCUUCUCAUGUAGCCUUGUACAUUACACUUGAGGAGGGAGUUCCUCUUUGUCUGGUGCGGUAGCUCUAGCACGCCUCCCGAUGCGAGGAGGCCGCUCCCACACAACCUCUGACCUCUGCAGCCCAGCGAGUCGCCCGCCGCCCAGCCUCGGACGGCUGCGUGCAUCGAGAAGCACAAUCAUUUUCUUCAUCCUUUUAUCUCUACAGACUCUGGCAGAGAUCCCAACUCAGUCAGACAGGGAGACAGACAGAUAAGCAUAUUGCUUGCAAAAAUAAGCACAUAAACUGACUGACAGACAGGCAGAUAGAUAGAUAGCUAGGUAGUUAGACAAGACGCAUACAGAUGAGACACCGGAGAGAAUUUUUUCAAAGCACAUGCAAAGACGGGCCGCUUUCUGAGUCUGUCUCACUCCUGCGAUGUCAUUUUUCCAGAUGAAUCGUAGCCUCUGUUUCUCUUCCGUGUGAGUGGAGGAUUGUGGUUAGCCGGACUUCCUGACCUGUGUGUUGUCUUCUCUCCAUGUCGUUGUUGUUGCCGUUGUUGUUAUCGUUGCCGUUGUUGUUGUUGUUUACGAGUGCGUGUACUCCCUGCUGAUGCUCACGUCAAUGUCCUCCCACUCGUACAGUAGUUUAUUCUGAUGAUCGGAACCACGAUAUAGAUGUGUGUCCAUGAAUUUUGAGACACAAAACACACACGCACACACACACACACAAAAACACAUGCACAUGACAUUGGUUGUAUUCUCACUGGUGUUCUGCUUUGUUGGUGUUUAGCUCCAUCUAUGGAGGUUUGCUCGGAAAUGAAUCUACACACACACACACACACACACACAUUUACAUGCAAAGACACAUAUAUACAAGCACACUCAUGCGGUGUAUCCCUUUGUCCUGCUGCAGUGAACAGUGUUUUUAAAAGAUAAUCCUAUAUUUCAAUGCUUUAUAUAGUACAUCCAGUAUACAUACAUAGAGUUUAAAAUAUACCUGGGUAUUUGAGCUGUUAGAGCUCCCUCUAGUGUUGGUUAGUGAAACUGCCUCUAAUCUGCCCACCUUCCAUCUUGUCUAACCCCCGCUCCAACUUUUUAUCUCCCUCCGUGUCUGUUUUGUUUACUCUGCAUCUCUCUGUGCCUUGGUAGUGUUCUUUCACAUAUUCUGUAUUUAUUUUUUGUCUUUUUUUUUUCUUCUUGGUUUCACUCUCACAUUUUUAAAACUUACAAACCCCCUCGCUCCUUAUGUGUGUGCGUGGUGUCAAAAAAUAGCUUAUAGAUUGAGUCGUGAGUCCUAUAUGAUCCCUGAAAUCAGUCACCCUGUCUGCGCUCCUCCUGUAACCAUUGAGAAGCCUCGUACGAGCUCUUAUGAACUCCACCCACCCCCCUCCUGUAAGCUGUAAUAAAUUGGCUCCGCUCCUCCUCAGCUCCCCAGUUUUCAGUGGUCCCUCCAUGUAGGCCAGACAGUGGAACAACCACCAAUGUUCAUCCCAAUGAAGAGUCCACUUGUAUUUUUAUGCUCUUUGAAAACAAAGAUAUAUUUGAGAGACAGAUGGUUCUAAUAAUAAUAAUAAUAUUGAUGAUAAUUAUAGACAUUGAAUUGAGGUGAGCUGAUUGAGCCUGUACAUUUAAUGGUUGAGUUCUGGAUGUGUUGUGACGGUUGGGUUUAGGUUGUGUUUCUGCUGUGACGAUGCAUUCCUGUACAGCUGUGAUGAGAAUAAAUGUAUAAAUUAAACCUGA